AUGAGUACCCGGAGCUCGUUACAUAAUUCUAUCCGAUCUAAAACGAGUUCCAGAUCGAGGGUGCCUGCUGCUUCAAGUAUGUGGGAUGAAUUUAACCAAACAACAGACAAACCUUCGACUCCUUCUCAAAAAUUUCUCGAAAAGAAAGGCGAAGACCCAAAUUUUGUGAGACUUCAUCAAAGAGUAUUGCGAGAUCUCAAAUACACUGAUAUGGAUAUUGCGGCUUCGAUAAUACAAAACUGUUGGAAAAAAUAUCGAAUUAAAUCUUACUUCUUAGCAUUUAUUAGAAAAUAUAAAGCAAUACAUCAACGUUCAUACAGUUCUUUUUUCUACAAUUUAGCAAUACAGAGAAUGACAGACCCGGAAAAAAGGAAAAAAUUUUUCGAUAUCAUAGCACGUCGUCUAUUAUGGGGCCGCAAAUUAUCACGAGAUUAUCACAUGCUUACUUAUGACCAAUGGAAUGUCUGCAAUCUCUAUUUAGUUCCAAAUUUUAUCGAUGACCAGAAACUUGUUCAAUUUGUUCGCAAAAUAUACUAUCAAAAGAUGCGUACAAUGCUUUUGGACUGGUUUAUCAUUACACGUCGAAAUGCAAAACGAAGAAAGGUCAUGUCAAAUUUUCAUAUUGUAAACGCAAACAGAUCUGAACUCAAACAGCUCUAUGUUCCAUUUAUAUUAUGGAAAUUUAUUACCAAAAAUGUCUAUUUUGAUCGUACAGAAUACACACACAUACCAGAAAUUCAAAAUUACAAUCAAUCUCUCAUAAACCAAGAAAAAAUUCGUAAAAAUGCAGAUAAACAGCAUUUGUUUUUCGUAGGAAAGCGCGUUUUACAAGCUCUUUUUCAGAAGAAACUUCAGAAAUAUCAUGAUAGAGAACAAGAAAAGUUUGGCGAUGAGUACAAUCUCAAGAGAUGCAUGAAAUACGCAUGCAAAGCGUGGAUUAGAACUGUUUCUGUGCGAAAGGACAUGAUUAAAACCAAAACUUUGGCUUUAUCUAAAUGGCACAACGUUGUGAACUCUAAGCAGCAGCUCCAGAAGCUGUUAAAGAUGUUUGAGGAGCGGCAUAAAGUAUAUUUGAAGUUGUUCAUGUUGAAUGUUUUCAAGAAAAACCUUCAAAUUAAUACAAUCUUGCACACACAUGGAUACAUCAAGAUCCAAGCUUUGCCAAGUCUCGCUAGAUUUUUUGUUCAUGCAGUUGCAGGUAACGAUACACUUGCAUGUCUCUCAUCAGCAUUAUAUGGCUGGCUUACAUACGUAAGGCGUCGUAAGAACUGGCAGCAGUUUGUUGCAGCGAAUAUACAGAGCACAAACUACAACCACACAAAAGGAAAAGCACUGGCAGCAUUGAGAUUCAGAAGAUAUCCUCCUCUUCCAUAUGGAUUUGUUGCUCCUCAUUUUCAAAUGCAAACGUACAAAAUUUAUAAAGCCGCUGUCAACCACCAGAUCUCUCCAUUCCUCAUUCUGAGCAACCCAGAGAGUUCAGAUAUUGAAGAAAAGAUUAAAAACGCGAAAACGAAAUACGAAAGGAGAGAAAUGUUUUUUAUGGCGUGGAAAUCGACAAAACAAGAUUUGUCUCUUUUUAUGAGAAUUGCAUUAGUUGCAAAUGCGCGCGCCAGAGAUUUUAAGAAGAGAACUGAGUUGCUUGUUGAUGAAAGAAUGAUGAAAUCGUAUGAGAGAUCUCUUUUGACUCUGAAAUCUCUGAAUUUGGCUUCAAAGGAAAAUUUCGAAAAAGUUCAACUGGAGAUCAAGAAAAACAAUGAAAAAGCUUUGAGGAAUUCAACAGCAAGCAUCAGAAGAAUGAUGAUGCUGAUCACAGCGCUGGAUUCUCAUCAAGCUGCCAUUGAUUUAGAAAAACUGGAUCCGUUUUUCAGAACAGUCAAAAAUGUGACACUUGUUGACGAUGUACAGAAAGCAUCCGAACAGUUAUCAACUGUUUACACUCCAUUGACUGAUAUUGCGGCAAUGGGUCGAAGUUUUCCAGAGUUCAAAGGAGAAAUUUCGAAUUUUGAGCGAUUGACAGUACAUAAAAGCGGAUUUGACAAACAAUACGAAGAAAUGAAAGUAAUCAUAUUUAUUGAGAAGAAGAGAUCAAUGGCAACACAAGCAGCUACUUCGCAUUUCAGUAAUAUCUUGAACAGAAAUGAUUCAACAAUUGAAAAUGCUGCAAAAAAUGCAACUUCAACAAAAAUCACCACAUUUGCAAAGAAUUACACAGAAGAUGUUUCGAUAAAGAAGGGAGAUGGAACCAUUGACAAAUACUCGAAGAUGUUUCCUCAAUAUGGAAACAAAAGGAAACUGAGAGUCAGUAUGUCAAAAUCUUUUCAACUCGAUGACAAGAACCAAAAAGAAGAAGAAAGUGACGAUGAAUUCAUUGGCCUAAAAAUAUCAAGAGAUAGCACAAAAGCAACACUUUCCUCUGACUCUUUAAGCAGAUCAAGCUUCUUCAACAUCGGAGGAUUCGAGAACGCUUUGAAAGCUUCAGCCGCAAAAAUGUUGGAGAUUAAAAAAGAUGAAAGGCCCGACAACCAAAUGCCUCAAAUUGAUGAAAUGUCUUCAGAAUCAGAAGAAGAUUUUAUUGAAGAAAAUAUUCCACAGAAAAGUGACACAAAAAGUGACAUCAAGAAAGUCACAAAACAGAAUUCGAAGAAGAUCAAUUUCGGGGAUGGUUUUGAUGAUACUAUCAUGAGAAGUGCCCUGAAAUCAAAUGAUUUCGAUGAUCCUGAUGUAAAUAACCGCUACAAAACAUUCCUUCAAAUCAUGUUUGGAAAGCAAGGAAAAGAUUCUCCUAAUGCAAUCCAAAUACAGCAGAUCAAAAGAAAAAUCAUACAAGACUACAAGAACAGGAAAUGGGCAGCACCAGGCAUCAUUACUCAAGGUGUAAACAGACCUGUUUCGAGUGUCGUAGAAAGUUACAGGAGAGACAGGAAAAAAUUAAAUUGUGAAUUUACAUCAGAAAAAUUGACAACAAAAAACAAAAUUUUGUCUGAUAAAGAGAUGCCUAAAGAGUACGAAACGAAAUAUAACUCAAAAAAGUACUACACAAAUUCAGAUUUCUCUGAUAACGACGAAAAUGAAGAGGAAGAUGAAGAAAAUAUUCAAAAUCAGGAAGAAGAAGAUAAAAGUGACAAAAACCGCCAGAGUUUUGUAAACACUUUCAAAGAUGACGACAGAUUCCAGCAGGAGAGGAUGAAGGAGAAAGAGGAGCUUGAGAGUGAAUCAGAUGAAGACAUAAUUAAUGAUAAAAAUAGUCAAGAUGACACACAAAUUGAUGCCGCUGCUCAACAGAUAACAAAAAGUGAUGAUUUCAAUGUCACUUCUGAUUACAUUCCUGGCGUUGGCUACACAAUCAAAGACGAAGAAGGCAAUGUCAUUGGAUAUGAUCCAACAGGAAAAUCAGCAACAUCAAAUCCAGAUGAAAAAAUUGUUAAAAAAUUUAUUGAUAAUGGUGUUGCACUUAAAAGUGUCAAUAAAGUUGUACAUCAUAUCAUCAACGAAAUGGCGAGAACAGAGAGCGAGAUCUCUUUCGUCGAAGUUGACUCUUUAGGACCUCCUGAAUUAGAUUUGUCUCAACUAAUUCCGCCAAAGGAAGAAGAACCUCCAAAACCCCCAGAAAAACAAUCCGAACCUCCUAAAAAGAAAUGGACAAAACAUGGACCACCUCCUAAAUCGCGACGACCGAUUGUAAUCCCUCGCAUGCAAACAAUUAAGCCAUCAAUGGCGAAGUUUUUGUUUGAUGAUGACAACAUGACAAAAAUCAUUUACGAUGAAGGAGGAGUCACAAGAAUUGAAGGUGAAAUGCGUCCUCCAGAGCAGCCUCGCGAAAAGAAGAAGUGGUUUCCUGGAGUUCCAGAUCAUCAUGUUUCAUAUUUCGUUGAAGACCAAGUUGUCAGCUUUCCUGGUGGCGGAAGGCAAAUUUCUGGAAAACCUCACAAUUUCACUAGUCCAAGGAUAAACUCGGUUAAAAACAGAGGCAUCACAAAGCCAAUUGUUUCAAUGAACAAUAGGCCAUUGACAGCGACGAAAAUUGAGAAAAAGAAGACUAACUACAAAGAUCCACUUGAUGUCGUAAGAGGUACAUUGAUACACCUCACAAGUAUGAUGGAAAACAACGACAAAGAAAUUUACAAGAAGUUCACACACAGAGUUAGAUCAAUGAACAAAAGACCGCCACCUCCAAAGAAAAUUGGAGAUCCACAGAGUGACAUAAAGACUGUUGAAUUUUCUGAUUUCAUACAGAAUAUCUACGUCAGGUUAUCCAAGGAUCAUAACACAGAAACAGCAGCAAACACUUUGAUAUCGACUGCUAGACAACAUCAAAGCUUUCUGCCUGUUUUACAAAAAACAGUUUCUCGAAUGUUUGCAAGGCCUAAAACAACUCUUGCAAAAGCAGAAAUGCCAAGAGUCAAUGACCAACCGAACACCAAAUCUACUGCAAAGUUCAUAGACAUAUCAUGGUACACUGAGGACCCUUAUUACAAGGCUGUUGCUCUUCAAUUCGCUGAUGACAAUUCAACUUUGAACGCUGUUAUCGCACCAACAUUUGAGAACACUCCUAAGAAGAGAAGUGCGAGACCAAGCACUUCAAUAGAUAAGAGGAAAACAUGGGAUGAUGUAUUGAAAGAUUACUCUUUAGGAGAUAUGAUGUUAGUUACACCAGUUGACAAAUAA